CUGAUCAAGACUGACCACUGACGAGGAAGUGAGUUAAAUAAAAGCUUGUAAAAAUCAUGUCUAUAUUUCGAGUUGCCUUAUUAUUAUUAUUAAAUAUUAUUAAUUUAUAUUAGGGCCUAAAUAAUUAAACUUUAAACCUGACCUAGGGCUUACUUAAUUAAAUUUAAACUGGACCUACUUAUCUAGAUCUAAGAAUCUAAGAUCCAGAGAUCGCCUACACAGAGUACUUCAGAGAGUAGUGUAGCAGCUGACUGAAAUAUUACCAUGGCAACUCAGCUUCUUGAAUAUCAACUGGAUGAGAGCGGCUUUAAUGCAGAAUGUUAUUUCCCUGGGAUGACUUUCGAUGACUUUGACACACCUGGGGAUGUGAGCCUAUGGAAAAUUUGCCGAAUGUUUGAAGCAGGAAGAGUUGUGCCUUUUAUACAUGGCAACUAUUUGGACUUCAACAAGCUACGAUCAAGCCGAUUUCAUUUUUCUUUAAUUGGAGGCGAUUACUAUUUUGAUUCAUGUAGGUCUAUAUGGGAGGUUGCAAGGAGGUUUCAUUAUUUCCCAUAUAAAAUAACUGUAGAACUCAUUAAUGUUGGCCAAUCUUCCAUAACCAUUCGUGAAGUCCUGGUCAAUCUUCUUGACAACAAGGAGAUAGCAACAUUUUAUGGAAAAUUUGUGUAUGUUGAUAAAAUGACAAAACGCUCUCAAGUUUUGCCGCAUUGGCAUAGAUUGAAAUACCAGAAAGCUGAGUCUGAUGAUAAAAUGCAGUUUGAUUCUUCUUUGAAAAGUGCACCUGAUAAUGCAUACAGGGUUAAGCGCUCCAUAGCUGCGAGUGACACUUUUAAUGACCACACAAACCAAGCGAGUUACGUCAGAUUUGCAUUGGAUGCAGCAGAGUGUGCCAGAAAAGCUCAGUGCCUAAGCCAAUUCACAAGUGACAUUUGUCAGUAUCCUGUUCUAAAAAUGUGCACCUCAUAUCGCGGUGAAACUCUACUAAAUGAUGAAAUUACCACCUCUGUGUGGCAAGAUAACAAUACCCCUGCAGUGCUCAACUUCACUAUUCAUAAAGAUAAUACUUUAUGCUUCACUGCAUCCGUCACAUUUAAGCCAGCACCAUGUUCAAAGCUCUGAAGUUUAAUAAUUAACUAUGUUCAUUUAAAUAGGGCUGGUAAGUAGGUCACCAACCAGUUCUAUGGCUCAUGCAGGUUUUAUUGAGCUGUAGAGCUGGUUGGUGACCUUCUUACCAGCCCUAUUGGUAUUUAAGUCUGUUAGAAAAAGCUUUAAAAGAAGUUAACAAACAUACUUUAUAGAGAAUUGUAUUUUAAGAAAAGUACUCUGAUAUUGUUACAGUGUUUUUAUCACUCAAAUACAAGUUUCUGGGUGUAUUUUUAUUUCUAAGCAUGACAAAUUUCUAUAACACAGUUUGUUUUACUUUUAACCCAGAUUUUUAACAUCUCUGUUUCUUCAUAGUGUUGUUUUAAAAGUUAUUCACCAGGCUAUUUUUUGUUUUAAUAAAACAUAAGGUAAUGAGGCGUAUCUGUAGACAUAAAUAGAACAAAAUGAACAUUUAUUUGUCAUUUUUUUUUCAGUUUCUCAUUUUUUUCACUUUAGAAAAUUUAAACCUGUAAUAUUUGUCAAAAUCUUGUUUUUCUCUUGAUUUCACAUCAAUAAAAUUAUGAUGUUAAAAUUAUAAAAUUUAGUGCCAAAAAAAUGCAAUAGAAAUUGUAAUGUAUUUGUAUUAAAUGAAGUAGGCCUAUUUCUCUUUCACAAUCAUGAUUAUAUAUGACAUGUUGCAAUCAAAAGAGAUUUUUGUACACGGGUCAUCAUAAUUGUUGUCCUGUUCAUCCUUAUGUUAACUACAGGAAAAUCAUGGUUUAAAAUGAUUUCCUAUUAUGACGCAGAAGUGUUUAAACUUUGUGCCACUGAAUUUUACUCUUGGAUUUUUAUGGAAGAAUUUAAAAUAAAAGAUUGUCAUGAAGUGU